AUGUCUUCUGGCGACCCAAAUCGAAACCGCUCUCUGGCAGAACCCGCAGAAGAUACAGAGUCUUCAAUUCAGAACACAAUACAGAGGCUCGAUUUAGCCUUUGAACGUAUCCGACAUUUGAGAAGAGAUAUCUUGUAUCCGGAGCAAGUGGAUCACGCAAACAGCAGCCACAGCAGGAACAGAAUCGGUCCUGGUCAUGAAGCUAUUGUGCUCACUGGUCAGAACGAACGAGAAUAUUGGGACGAACUAGAGAGAAUGGAUAGGAUGAGGAACAUAGUCCCUGCGGAUACUCGCGAGCGUCUUAGGCAGUUCGAGGCUCGUCGUGCAGAAGCGGAUCGCGAGAGAAACAGGGACAGGAACACUGACAGGGAUCGGGCCGGGGUUCGUUCACACCUGUUGCGGGCUGCUGCUGCACAUAUGCAUCCUCUGGACACUUCCACCUCUCCUCCGUCUUCCCAUCCGUCAUCCGCUCAAUCUCCACUCAGCUUUGCUUCCCCGCUCAGUCCUCCUCGUCAACGUCUCUUACCGCAUCGGCUGUUGGACGCUCAGCCAUUCAGAAGAAGGGAAUCGUCAUCAUCGUUAUCGGAUGAUCCUAAUACUGAAAUAGGUCGCAGGGUAGCCGCCCGUGAAUCUGCACGAGGCGCAACUCAGGAUUCCACCCACAAUGCUUCGCCGAAUUCCAAUUCCUCUUCUCGGGAUAGCCACUACAGGCUGCCCACAGUGCUAGAACGGGAUUUUGAAUAUGGCACUCGCACGAGACUUCAACGUUCGGAACCAGCUUUCCUGCGUCGUAUUGAUCCUUCCCUCGAUCAACUCAGGCGAGAGGCCGAGAGUCGAAUUUCUCGAAGUCUAGAUACGACCGGUACUCCUCCAUCCCCGAGCGCGGAAGCUUCUAUUCUUCGUGCCAACAUGAGAACAAGAGUUCCUCAAUCACGUCAGAGCUCAAACGUGUCGACCAACUUACCAUCUGCGACCUCAUCGCAGAGUCGACUAUCGUUAUUAUCGAAUUUCGGAGUACAAAGUCUACCCACUCCUUCUUCAACGCUCUCCAACCCUCCUCUGUUAUUUGAGGAACCUGCGAGCUAUUUUCACCCGUCCACAGAGGACUCGCGAUUGCGAUCUGUCGAAGAAGAACGAGCGCGAACAUUGGAGGAGAGCUACAUGUCACAAACUAGGAUGGCCGGGGGCUUGCUAUUCUCAUCGAGUCCUGUUCAAAUGCACCAUGUCCCAGAAGAAACUAGGCCAGGCCAUCACCGGGAUAAUACUGUUCAACUGCAACACUAUGCAGCCCCCAGACUAACUCAAUUAGAUGCUAACGGCGACGAGUUCCGACUUGAUCCCACCAGGAUUCGACAGUUCGCUGAAAGUACCUUAGGCCUGUACCCUCCACGCAGACAUGCCGCCGAUGAAUACCCUCCCCUUCAGCCUGUAACUCGUUCACCAAUACCACUCGAUCCGAACAAUCCUGAUUCCGAUGUUAUCUCUCCUGAAAAUUACGACCCUGAAGCUGAGGUGUACUACUCUCUCAUUCCGGACGGACCAUCUUCAAUGCGAUAUGUUGUUUCUGUCGAAUCAAAGCCCCGGUACUUUGGGACAAGUACGCCGCGGUAUAUUGAUCCGCUCCCUUCUGCUCUGGUGGACAAAUUUAAACAAGGGCAAUCUCGACAUGAACCUCGACGUCCAUAUGUGCAUGUUCCUGCUGCCAUGAGUGUCAUGGCAGGGAGAUAA